UCUUCGAUGGCUCUGUUUUCUGGAAGCUUGAGCUAAGAAAUCUGGAUACAGGAGAAAAUGAGAAAGCAAGUUCUGAGCUUAACGGAGACGGCGGCGGCCAGAAUACGCCAGCUAUUAGAGCAUCGCCAGCGGACUUUCCUCAAGCUCGGCGUCAAGUCUCGCGGCUGCAACGGCUUAUCCUACACCCUCAAUUACGCAGAUGAGAAAGAGAAGUUUGAUGAACUAGUUGAAGACAAGGGUGUGAAGAUAUUGAUUGAUCCCAAAGCGCUCAUGCACGUUAUUGGCACCCAGAUGGAUUUUGUUGAUGACAAACUCAGAUCUGAGUUCAUCUUUAUCAAUCCAAAUUCAGCAGGACAGUGUGGCUGUGGAGAAUCUUUCAUGACCAAAACUAGUGCAGAAGCUGCUAAACUUCAUGGUAGAGCAGGGACAUAAACUCAUUCAAUGCUUACAUAUUUCCGAGCAUGUCUGAUGAACUUUACGUACUUGUAAUACAAUCCUAGUUGUGAAGAUGUGUAGCUGAGAGUAACAAGUUUCUGGCAGUCUCGAAUUUGCGAUAAAUUUGCUACUCCGUAGUAUGUUCAAAGGUUCUUUUCCCCCCUUCUAUGCAAUAUCAUGCCAUGUUGGCUCAACUUAGUGCUCUGCUGUAAAUAAUAAAGUUAAAAGGUUACAUUGUUACUCUUAUAUUUUGCAUGCACAAAGCUAUUAACUGUAUUGUCAAA